ACAGUAAAAAAUAUUUUUGGAGAUGCAUAUCCUUCGAUGAUUAUCGGGAAAAUUAGUGGAUCCUAACACGUUUUGAAGCACCAUGAAGACAAGAUCUAACGACGCCAUUUUAACCUUCACCGACAUCUGUUUGACCUUGAAAGAAAAGACGAUUUUAACAAACAUUAAUGGAAAAGCUAAAAGUGGACAGAUUUUGGCCAUCAUGGGGCCAACAGGGUCAGGAAAAACUUCUCUUCUUAACGUGUUGGCGGGAAAUCUUACACUGACAUCAGGAACGAUAACUCUCAAUGGGAACCCCUUCACAAAGCUCCAGCGGCGGAAACUGGCGUAUGUUCUCCAGAGUGACAUAUUUUUGUCUAGACUGACGCUAAGGGAAACUCUCUAUUUUACCGCCAUGAUAAGACUUCCUGAUAGCGUUUCGAAAGCAGCGAAGAUGGCACGAAUCGAUGAAAUUGUAGAUGCACUCCAUCUACGUAAAUGUUUGGACACUGUGAUUGGAGAUUUCAUGCACCCCGGACUGAGCGGUGGAGAGAAGAAGCGUGCGAACAUUGCAUGUGAACUGCUUACAGAUCCCAACAUUAUGUUGAUAGACGAACCCACAUCCGGUCUGGAUUCUAGCACUGCGCAUGUGUUAAUGCAGGAAUUAUGGGACUUUGCUUCUCAGUAUAACAAGAUUAUACUGACCACCAUUCAUCAGCCCUCCAGUCACAUUUUCCACAUUUUUUCGUCGCUACUGUUGCUUGUUAAUGGUCGAUUAGUAGAGCCGGCGUACUUUGGCGACGCUCACAAAACUCUCCAGUAUUUUGGUGGACUGGGCUUAAAGUUUCCUGACCAUUACAACCCAUCUGAUAUCAUGUUGGAGCUGCUGACCACAAAUACAGAAGUCAUUAAUAAAAUUCUUGAAGCAUCUAAAAAUUUUAAGGUGGAGGUCGAAAAUACAGAACUCGUCAAUGGAAAGGAGUCGGCCAUUAACGGUGAUGUCACAUCAAAAAUAACAAACGGACAUGCCACUGAACCAUCAUCUAAUGGUCAUGUCAUUUCUCUUGGAUACCACAAGACGGAUCCUGCAGAGAUUGCACUUGAUGUUUCCACUCUUGAACACGUUUCUACAGGCAAUAUAGAGCGCCCGGUUAACAGAAAGUGGGCAGCCUCAUUUUGGACACAGUUCCGCAUGUUGUCUUGGCGAAAUGCCAAACAAUCUAAAUGGAGGAUAUUUGACAAAUGUAACCUCAUUCACACCCUGAUUAUUGCCAGUAUUUAUUGUGUUCUAUAUUACCAGAUACCAGUUUCUAAUGACACACUUCGAGAUAGGAUGGGGGCGGUCUACUUUCCUCUGAUAUUUUGGGGAUUUGCAAUGGUGACUGAUUCUGUAACCAGUUUUAUUGGAGAACGAGACGUUGUGAGGAAGGAGAGAAGAGCAGGUGCUUACCGCCUGUCUGCCUAUUAUACAGCUAAGAUGGUCAGUGAACUUCCUAUGAUGAUCGUGGUACCCAUUAUCCAGCUUUCAGCCAUGUACUGGUUAGCAGGGCUAGGUGGACCGAUACAGUUUGCCAUUUAUAUAGGAAUAAAUCUUCUGAAUUGCUUUACCACUCAGAGCAUAGGGUACAUCGUUGGAGCCUGUGUUCGCACAUUUAAAUACAGUAUAACAACUGUCAACACUUUUAUGGUGGUGUUCCUAAUACUAGGUGGCUUUUUUAACACAUCUUUCCCCACUUGGUUUACUUGGGCUAAGUAUACUUCGUUCCUUCAUUAUCCCUUUGCAGCCAUUAUGACGGUUUUAUUCGAAGACAUAGAACCAUUCAGGUGCGGAGACUCUCAAAUAUUCAAAAAGUGCCAAAAUGAAACAGAGCUUAUCACCGGAAGUGACGUGUUGCACAGCGUAGGAAUAGAUCUUCCUGUUUAUUGUUGUAUAGGAACAAUGGUGGCCCUGAUAAUCUUGUUACGUAUUUUGGGAUAUUAUGCUAUUAAAUACAGGUUGUAAAUAUAUGAAAUAAAUUUA